UAACCAAAAAGUUAUGACAGUGACAGCUCAGAAAUUUAUUGAAACGUGUGAAUGUUGUUUAUAAUAAUGUUUUCAUACCGCAAGUUUAUAUAAAACUCUUAAGUAUAAUACACAAGAAAUACAGUAAAAAAAUGUCGUCUUCAGAUAGUGAGUCUUACAGUGAAAAAGUCACUUCUUCAAGACUGGGGAAUUGCGAGGUUUGCGAUGCGCGGGAAGCAAUUUAUACUUGCCCUAAGUGUGAAGUAAAGACUUGUUGUAUAUCUUGCGUUCGAAUACACAAGAAAGAAUUAGAAUGCGAUGGGAUUCGUGACAGAACUAAAUUCAUCAGGAUGAAGGAUUUUACAGAUACAGACCUGCUGAGUGACUAUCGCUUGUUAGAGGAAUGCGCAAGAUUUGUUUAUGCGGUCAGGAGAGAUGAAAAAAAGAAAUUUACAAGAAUUGACAAGGAUUUGCCUAUUCAUUUAUUCAAAUUAAAAAUGGCAGCAAGAAACAGGGGUAUUGCAUUACAGUUCUUGGCCCAAAAUUUUACACGACACAGUGUAAACACAACAAGAUAUAAUUACAAGACAAACAUCAUAUCAUGGAGAGUUGAGUGGAUAUUUCCUAAUGUUGACACAAAACCAUUAAAGUUUGUGGAUGAGAAAUGUCCUGAACAAAGCAAGUUGUCAGGACUGAUGGAUAAAUAUCUCAAUCCAAAUGCACCACCUUUUGAAGGAUCAAAGUCUCUGGCUUUCUAUAAAUCAGCAGGAUUUAGUGGCAUCAAAAUAUUGUUAAAAGCUGAGAAAAUAAGGGGAUCAGCAAGAAAGUUUUUUGAACUGGAUGCUACAGAAACCUUAGGUGAAAAUCUGUCAGGAAAAUGUAUAGUUGAAUUCCCUAUAAUAUUUAUUGUUCUCAAAGACCAUGCAUGUAACUUUGAGAUCAUAACACCGGAAGAUGAGUUUGAAUCUAAUAUGAAAGAGCUUGAUGAAACGAAAAAUGAUAAAAAUGAACCUGGAUUUGAAAACUCCAGGCAAAAUAUUGAUAAUCUAAGGAAAAGGCCCCGACAGUUGUUAACAGAGAAAGUGGCACAGCAGAAAAAAAUGGAAAUUGAAAAAGAAAUAAGAGAAGAAAGGAAAAAGAGACCUAAAAACCUACUGUUUACAACAGGUUAUUCAUCAGAAGAAAGUAUAGUUAGUAGUGACAGUGAGAAUGAAUCUAGUAUUAAAAAGUAAAAAAUAAUUUUAUUCUUGAUUA